AUGGCGGGAUCUUCCCGCGAGCUCCUCUCCCCCUCACGGGUGAAUGCGCGCACAGGCGCGUGGGCGCGUCGGUCCUGCGCCAUAUUCUGUUUUCUGCGGGAGUCUCUCCUUGUCACCUGCUGCCUCCUGGCGUGCCUCGCGGACUCAGCGCGAGGGCGCGCGGCGGAGGAAAAGGGAGAAGGCAGCUUCUGCGCCAACGGCCUGAGACAGGCUGUGAACGCAGCGAUCGUCGAACUCGCAGGCGAGAACUACGUCGGGAGCACGUUGCUGCCGCAGUUUCCGACUGUGCCCUACGUGCCGGUGCUGGCGUGUCCCUCGCCGGCGGCGGGCGACGCGCUGCCCGCCGUGGUGCAGCCCCCUAAGCCGAGCACGGUCGUGAUCGGCGAGGCGGGGCGCCCAGUCCGCGCCGAGACGGCGCCGACGCCUCCCACGCCCGAAGUCCUCGCGCGAGACAGGGCGUCGCUCUGGCCUGCGCCGACGUCGCUCCACGAAUCCGACUUGCUGCUGGACGUCUUGGAGACUGGCACGCUGCGCGUCGCAGGCCUGGGCCCGCGGAGCCCGGACCCGCGCAAGGGAAGCGCCUUUCUCAGCGAAGUGGACCCCCUGCAGGCCGACCGCGGCUUCAACUGGGGACAGGAGGGCGACUACUCCGUGUCGCCGCCCGUUGGGUAUUUCCCGACCUACCUGCAGGCGAUCGCGACGAAGAUAGGGAACCACUACAAGCGGCGCGUCGUGCCGGAGUAUCUCUUUUUCGUUAGAGGCGAGGACGCGAUGAAGAGCGUGGCUCAAGGCACUGCCCACAUGACGGACAUCUACUUCAUCCAGGCAUACCAGCAGGGGAGCACUAGCCACCUGCCGGAAUUUUACCGAACUUGUCCCGUCUCGGGGUCGCCGAACAACCUCCUCACGCUCAAGGAGUACAGAAUUAACUCGCUCCAGAGCCUCGUCCGCACGCUCAGAAUGGCGACCAACCCUGGCAUGCGGACGCUCGCCUACCUCAGCUCAGGAAACUACGAAACUGUCCACUUUUUCUUCCCCAGACAGGCGCUCGGCGAGGUCAUGACUCAGGAAGAAGCCGAGCGCCGCAUCGCCGCGAAGGAGAUCCUGGGCAACAUCCGCACGGGGUCUGCGGGCAUGCUCCCCGACACGUUUGAGGUGGUUGACCUGGGGCUCGUCCUCGUCCAGGGCCCGUGGAUCAAACGCACAGACACUCCGCACUGUCUGUACCACCAGUUGCUCGUCCGGCAGGACGCAAAGAAACACUACAGCUCUAGCGAGGGCGGCGCGAAAGACGCCGAGGCGAAGGGCGCGCAGGCCGCCGCCGCGGGGGGGCUAGGCGCGCAAGCGUCCAGGAGCCUGGCAGCUUCGGCGGCCGCGUCGUCGCUCGCCGUCGCGGCUCUCGUCUCGCUCCUCUGA